CUCUCUCAGCCAAGAGAACUGCUCUAAUGCGUCUUCACGUCAUCCAGACACUCUAUUCUGGGAUCCCCAGAGCACUAUGAGCAGGAAGAUCUCCAAAUCUCCAGCAAAUUCUCCUUCUGCUACGCAAGCUGCCUCCCGGUCACCUCCUGCUGUGGAUGCUUUAUCUCUAAGGAGCAGACCAGAGAGGCCCGUACCAAAAGCUCACUUGCCUUGCCACUGCGAGCCAAGAGGAGAGGCGUCCAUCUUUCCCAAUGCCGCCAAAUGGCCAGUAGACUACCGGGAGGCCAUGAAACGGGCGGAAUAUUCCUUGGAGGCCAUGAUGGAAGCUUCCAGAUGCUUACCGCCCGACCACUAUUACCAAGAGAUGGAGGCGGGGGGCUACGAGGUGCCAGAGUCCGGGAGCAGCUACAGCAGUUAUGCCAGCAGCGGGCGAGGCAGCAUGGAGCCCGCCAACGGACGCCUGUCCCUGUGUCACCUUUCCCCAACACUCACUUGCUCACCUGAGACCGUAGACGAGGGCCAGGGGAGCACAGAGGACAAGCACAUUCACCCAAUGGAACCAAGCCAAAGGAGAAAAGCCUCAGUUGAUGAGAACUAUGAGUGGGAUGCUGCUGAUUUCUGCUCGCAGCCUGGAGACCAUGACGACCUGCUGCCUCCUUCGCUGAAUCCACCGAAGCCCGCGCCGUGCUGCAGCCUCCCCAGAAUGCAGCGCUCCACUAAGGCACGGACAAAUUGCACUCGGCUCUCUCUGCUCCUGGGGCAUCAAAGCAGCUGCUCUGCUGAGCCAGAACCAGACGCCGUGCUGUUCUGACAGCGCCGGCCUUCGGCUCAUCUCACCUGGUGUGUCCUCUCACUUAUUGACUGGCAGUACAAGGAAACAAAAAGUGCAUGUGGCGCUUCGAGUCUGAAUCAAUCUAAUUCCCCUCUUUUUUUAAACCAGAGAAAAAGGACAACGUUACUUUUAAGGGGAGUCUUUCGCUUGCUCUCUUUGAAUAAACUUCAC